GGAAAUUUCUUAGCUGUUGGAUUGUCAAACGGAGUCGUUCAAAUUUGGGAUUUGGAGAAAGAGGUGAAGAUACGAAAGUACAGGAAUCACAAGAGACGAGUUGGAGCAUUGGGAUGGCACUACGACACGUUAAGUACUGGCAGUGGGGACACAAAGAUCGUCUGUUCUGACAUUAGAUGCAAGGAGAGUAGUUACGCACAGCUAACUAAUCAUACUUCGGAAGUCUGUGGUCUUAAAUGGAAUUAUGAAACGAAGCAGUUGGCUUCCGGGUGCAACGAUAACUCUGUGUAUAUAUGGGAUUGCAGAAAAUGCCUUCCUCUGUUCCAGCUAGCCAAACAUACUGCUGCAGUGAAGGCCAUGAGUUGGUCUCCUCACAACCACAAUUUGCUUGCUACUGGCGGAGGAUCUGCUGAUAAAAAAAUUUUUUUCUGGGAUACCUCCACAGGAGACUGUCUUAAUGAACUGCACACAAGCUCCCAGGUUUCUAAUAUCUUUUGGUCCAAGCAUACUAACGAGUUUGUUUCCACUCAUAGCUACUCACUUGGCCAGGUUGUACUGUGGAGAUAUCCGCAGCUGCUAAAGGUUUCUGCACUCAGUGGCCAUGCGCUCCGUGUGCUGUAUGGCGCACUCAGUCCGGACGGCGAGUCCAUCGUCACGGGCUCUCCCGAUGAGACGCUGCGCCUCUGGCGGGUCUUCCCCAGGGGAGGCUCCAACACCGCUAGGGUGAACAUCGCAGGGGGAUGUCUCGGAAGAUAUCCGGAAAACUGUCUC